CCUCAUUAAACUACCCUUUAUACAUACAGCUAAUACCCGACUGACCACACUUCAAAAAAAUUCAACCAAAUUCUCAAAAACAAAACACACUUGACACUACUCUCUCUCUCUCUCUCUCUCCUCUUCACUUUCUCUCUCUUCGUGUCACACGACGAACAGUUCACACCAUUGCUCCCAAACGCAAAUGAGAAUUCCGCAGGCACCGGCUCCUGCUAAAUCUAGGUUAACGUAUGUAUAAAAAAACACAUGUAUCCGUGUGUUGAUGCAGAGUGACCGGAGAGCCAAUCGAUGUCGACGUCGAACUACAGCAACAGCCCGUCGCGGAGCCCUAUCGUGUGCCCGAGGUUGCAGCUGGGCGCGGGCGGGGCCUCCAGGUUGAGAUCCUCGUCGCUGAAGAAGCCGCCGGAGCCUCUCCGCCGCGCCGUCGCCGACUGCCUCUCGCCGUCGUCUCACCACGGGAGCCCCGCCGCCGUUGCCUCCGACGCGUCGAGGACUCUGCGGGACUACCUUGCAGCACAUAUUACAACUGACUUAGCUUACAGUGUCGUCUUAGAACACACUCUUGCAGAGAAGGAGCGCAGCCCAGCAGUAGUUGCAAGGUGUGUGGCACUCCUGAAACGGUACCUUCUAAGAUAUAAACCCAGUGAGGAUACAUUAAAACAGAUUGAUCGGUUUUGUGUGAACAUAAUUGCUGAGUGCAAUGUUAAUCCGAGCCGUAGAUCAGCAUCAUGGUCGCAGCCUUCUAGCCAACAAUCUGGAGCAUCAUCAACUACGACAAAUAUACCUCCUUUGCCUGUAUCAAAUUUUGCAUCACUAGCACUUGUGAAGUCCUUAGAUUACGUGCGCUCGCUAGUGGCUCAACAUCUGCCAAAACGGUCUUUCCAACCAGCAGCAUUUGCUGGAGUUCCUUCUGCAAGGCAGUCACUUCCGUCAUUGUCAUCUUUAUUGAGCAAAUCCUUUAAUUCCCAAUUGAGCCCUGCAACUAAUAAAGAAUCGUUAGAGAACAAGGAGGCGUCAACUUUAUCUGUUUCAAACUCACCAAUUGUGGAAGAAAGUGAUGGAAUGGACAAUCUUGAGUUCAUAGCCCUCGAUGUUCUGAAAUGGCGUUGGUGUAGGGACGGACAAUCGUCAUUGCUUUCAACUGAAAGUGAUCGUGUUCCAAGUUCCCAAGACACGAGUACACGCAGUUUCCUUGAAGUAGGUGCGGCGGCUCUUCUUGUAGGGGAUAUGGAAGCUAAAAUUAAGGGCCAAUCUCGGAGAAAUUUUGGGACUACUGAUAUGCCUUACCUUGGUCAGCUGUUGCAGCCCUCCUUGCUCACUACGGUCACCAGUUCUGCUUCUGCCCGUGCGCACUUGAGAUCAAUAACAGCAUCUAAACGCACAAAACCAGACCCUCAUCAGAUAUGGGAAGAUUCUCCGUUGAUCACAUUCCGUCCACGUGCUCGGCAACUUUUCCAGUAUCGGCACUACAGUGAGCAACAACCUUUGCGGUUGAAUCAAGUGGAAGUAUGUGAGGUCAUUGCUGCAGUUUGCUCAGAGACACCACCUCCAUGUACUAAUCACAUGACUAUCUCGUCCAAGUUAAGUAACAACGGUGGAAAGCCAUCAGUGGACGUGGCUGUGAGCGUUCUCAUCAAACUCGUUAUUGACAUGUAUGUAUUGGAUUCUGGAACCGCUGCUCCUCUCACUCUGUCAAUGCUUGAGGAAAUGGUUAAUUCUCCCAGACUGGCUUCAAGGUCUCGUGCUUUUGAUUUAAUCUUAAACCUUGGGGUCCAUGGUCAUCUAUUGGAGCCAAUAAUACUUGAUGACACAGCCACUGUUGAAGAAGAAACAUUCUUGGACAACGAAGAAAUAUUUUCACCCCAAGGAAAGAGGGAAUCAGAUUUUACUAAGAAGAUGGGAAAUUCUUCAGCAAUCAAUAACUUUGAGACUUGGAUUUUAAGCAUUCUGUAUGAGAUUCUUCUUCAUCUCGUUCAGAUACAGGAGAAGGAAGAAUCUGUCUGGGCUUCUGCUCUAAGCUGCUUACUAUAUUUUGUAUGCGAUAGAGGCAAAAUCAGGAGGAGCAGAUUACAAGGUCUUGAUAUAAGGGUGGUUAAGGCUCUUAUAGAGGUUAGCAGGAGAAAUUCUUGGGCAGAAGUUGUUUGCAGCAAGCUUAUUUGCAUGCUAACAAACAUGUUUUAUCAAGCUUCUGAUAUAACUGUUUCUAGUACCACGAAGUUUCUAGUUGAGCAGGUUGAUCUGAUCGGUGGAAUUGAGUUUAUCUUCCUUGAGUUGGUGCUGUCGAACUCAAAGGAAGAAAGGAGAAAUCUAUUUCUGGUGCUUUUUGACUAUGUUUUGCAUCUAAUAAAUGAGAUAUGCCAAGCUUCUGGGGUAUCAGAAUAUAGUGACGAUGAGAUUCAACCUGUUGCUACCCUACUUAUGCUUGCAGAGGCGCCUGAAGCUUUUUAUCUUUCUGUCAAGCUUGGUGUAGAAGGAAUUGGGGAGCUCUUACGAAGAUCGAUUUCUGCUGCACUGCUUACUUAUCCCAACAGUGAUAGACUAAAUACGCUGUUGGAGAAGAUCACUGAGAAACUUGAUACUUUUACAAAUUCAUUUAGUCAUCUAGACAAAGAAUUCGGUCAGACAGUACAGAUAACUAAAUCUUACAAGUCUAUGAAGAGCAUUGAGGAUGGAGUUCUGGGAAUCACUGUUGCUAUGAAGGUGAAGCUCUCAUGGGCGACUUUGCAUUCUCUUCUUCAUUCAGAAAGACUUGUUUGUCGUCAGAAUGGGUAUGUAUGGUUGGGGGAAUUGCUGAUGGAAGAAAUUAGCGGGGAUAGGAAUGCAAGUAUAUGGUCCAAUAUCAGAAACUUGCAGCAGAAAAUUGCCCUGGCUGCUGUCAAUGAUUAUUUGGUGGAUUCAGAUGUUCCUUUAUCAAUUUGGCUAAUGUGCGGACUUCUGAAGUCGAAAAAUAGUAUCAUCCGAUGGGGCUUCCUAUUUGUUUUAGAGAGGCUUCUUAUGCGAUGCAAAUUUUUGUUGGAUGAGAAGGCGCCACAGUAUUCAAGCAGCAACGAAGCUGGUGGACAAGACAGCAGUCGCCUUGAGAAAGCAAAUGCAGUGAUAGACAUUAUGAGCUGUGCUUUGUCCUUGGUGGCCCAGAUAAACGAAACAGACCGAAUAAAUAUUUUGAAGAUGUGCGACAUUCUAUUUUCUCAAUUGUGCCUGAAAGUACUCCCAGCCACUUCUAUGCCAUUUAGAGAUACAAUCCAUGAUGGUAAGGUCACAGAGUACACAGACCAAAAUAAAAAGACUGAUGCAGGAGAACAUUUCCCCCAACAAGAAAAUUUCCUCUGGGAGGAAUCCGUGGAAAUGAAGAACAUAUUUGGUCACAAUGACACUCCAAUUUGCGAGACCGCAUCAAUGGCUGCAUUACUUCUCCAUGGACAGGCCAUUGUGCCCAUGCGUUUGAUUGGACGUGUUCCUGCUGCUUUGUUCUAUUGGCCUCUAAUUCAACUUGAAGGAGCAGCAACAGACAAUAUUGCAUUGGGUGUCUCUGUUGGUAGCAAAGGAAGAGGAAACCUACCUGGUGCUACUUCUGAUAUACGGGCUACCCUUCUUUUACUUCUAAUUGGUAAAUGCACUGCAGACCCUGCUUCUUUUCAAGCAGUAGACGGAGAGGAGUUCUUUAGGGUGCUUUUAGAUGAUACAGACUCAAGGGUGGCGUAUUACUCCUCAACUUUCCUUUUGAAGAGAAUGAUGACAGAAGAACCUGAAAAAUACCAACGUAUGCUUCAGAGUCUUGUUUCCAGAGCUCAGCAGAGCAACAAUGAAAAGCUUUUGGAGAAUCCUUACCUUCAGUUGCGUGGCAUACUUCAGCUGUCAAAUGAAUGAUCUUGUGGAAAAUGGUCCAUUACCUGAUACCACAAUGUUGGAGGGGUAUAUUGUUUCAUAUGGAGACACUGCAUCAUGGACAAAUUUGAAGAUUGUCAAUCAUGAUUCUCAAUGUUUUUGCCAUCCCUUGGAUGAAGUGUGGACAAAACCAAAGUGUGGAAGAUGCUUGAUCUUUUAAGACGUGUGUUAAAUGGUUUGGAGAUUGAAAACAAGAAUUGUUUCUGUGCACAGCAGAAUUUGGGCUUAUCAGAUACUGGAUUUGCUGGCUUCUUUUGUCUUGCAUUAUGUAUAUUUCAAAAGCAAAUGGCAAUUUUUUUGAAUUUUGCCCUGGAAGCCGCAUUAAUGUCUGCCUUCCCGUAUCUGCUUCACCAAAUUGUUUGUUCUCUUGAGGAAUUGAUCUGGGACUUUUCAUGGGUAAUUGUGGAGCUUGAUAUUCGGAUAUCUUGAUUUAAGCUCGGAACCUGUUUCACCAUUGGAUGUUUCAGAUCAGGGAAUGUAACCAUCUUCAGAAGCAGUUGUGGUGUAUGCAUAGUGGGCAGCAUUGCAAGAUACUUUGUACAGAGUGAAAUUUCUUCUUGGACUGUUGUUUGUUAAUUCAUAAAGGAGUGUGUGUCACCUUGACUGCAAGAAGCUGCAUUAGGGGCGACAAAUCAUCAAUUUGACGGGCCAAAGGUUUUGAUUGGAUUACGUGCAUCAACGGGCAUCAGCAAUGGUGUAUGUUUGGGGUGGUAUUUAUUUUCUUGCUUCAUUCGGUUAUUUUUCAAAAUUGUAAAUGUGUGGCUUUUUGGCUUUUUAUCUCCCCAAUUUUCUUUGUACAGCAAUUUUGUAAAAUAGCGGUUGAGAAAAUUUUGCCCGCCUUAACGGUUAGGGGAUUGAUUUUUGGAAGAUAAGUGUUGUAUUUUUAGCUGUUAUACUUCUUUGCCCAGUGGCUAUGGAAACCAGUGAGUAUAGUACAGAUUUCCAGAAUAUACUGAAGUGUUGUUAUUUUGCUUUUAAGAAAGCUGA